GUUUCCCGGGGGUCACCGCCUCGGGGACGCCGGGCAGCCGCCCCGGCCCUCGUGGGUCCUGCAUCUGACACCCCCGCCGGCCCCCGCCCCCUACCCGCUCGGAGAUAGGGGUCAAAGGCAGCCCGCGUCACGUGGUCGCCGAGCAGCACCGAAUCGGCCGGGAGGGCCGAGGGAGAAUCCGGGUGGAAGUCGAGAAAUCCAGCCCCGAUAGCAGCGCUCGGUCCCGCCCCGGCCCCCGCCCCGGGGCGCUCACCGCACGCCCGCCGGCCGCCCCGGCCUCCGGAGCUCUUCUCUGGCCGGCACCCACGCGGCAUCACGGGAUCGAACCCCGCUCCCAGCGGCCGCGAUUCGGGGAGGUAGGCGCUGGGCCGAGGAGGUGCAGCCGUGUUAAGGAGAGGACGUUCGAGAGGGCGUGGCGAAGUGAAGAGGAACCGCACGCCACUGCCUGGAGCUCCGCCUUAGCCCCGUGGGCCCCACGGAGUGAGCGGCAUGCAGCACCCCCGGGCCUGCCCAGUGUCCUCUGGCCUGCUGCCCUGCACCCCCAGAAGGCCCUGACGCCCUGGGGCACUUCUGCUCUGCACAGGACCACGCGGGGGUUUGCCAUGGUGACAUAAAGGGGCGCGGAGGAAGGAAGGAGCGUGACCAGCCUGUGGACUGCGCCCCUGGCUGGGAGGAAGGACUGGGGGCCCAGAUCCUCCACUCCCAGUGCCCCACAAGGGCGUCGCUUCCUAAGUCUCUGUGAAUUUGUUGGUCAGUGGACGAUUCUCGUGUCUCCUCCUGUGUGGGGCCUUGGGGUAGCCAGGGCAGGCCGGGCCUCCGGUGGCCAAGGUCUCGGAGGCCAGGAUGCCUGCCCUGGCAUGCCUCCGGAGGCUGUGUCGGCACGUGUCCCCGCAGGCUGUCCUUUUCCUGCUGUUCAUCUUCUGCCUGUUCAGCGUUUUCAUCUCGGCCUACUACCUAUAUGGCUGGAAGCGAGGCCUGGAGCCCUCGGCGGAUGCCCCCGAGCCUGACUGCGGGGACCCGCCGCCUGUGGCCCCCAGUCGCCUGCUGCCACUCAAGCCUGUGCAGGCAGCCACCCCUUCCCGCACAGACCCGUUGGUGCUGGUCUUUGUGGAGAGCCUCUACUCGCAACUGGGCCAGGAGGUGGUGGCCAUCCUGGAGUCCAGCCGCUUCAAAUACCGCACAGAGAUUGCGCCGGGCAAGGGUGACAUGCCCACGCUCACUGACAAGGGCCGUGGCCGCUUCGCCCUCAUCAUCUAUGAGAACAUCCUCAAGUAUGUCAACCUGGACGCCUGGAACCGGGAGCUGCUGGACAAGUACUGUGUGGCCUACGGCGUGGGCAUCAUUGGCUUCUUCAAGGCCAAUGAGAACAGCCUGCUGAGUGCGCAGCUCAAGGGCUUCCCCCUGUUCCUGCACUCAAACCUGGGCCUGAAGGACUGCAGCAUCAACCCCAAGUCCCCGCUGCUCUACGUGACGCGACCUAGCGAGGUGGAGAAAGGUGUGCUCCCCGGCGAGGACUGGACGGUGUUCCAGUCAAAUCACUCCACCUAUGAGCCAGUGCUGCUGGCCAAGACGCGCUCGUCUGAGUCCAUCCCGCACCUGGGCGCAGACGCCGGCCUGCAUGCUGCACUGCACGCCACUGUGGUCCAGGACCUGGGCCUGCACGACGGCAUCCAGCGCGUGCUGUUUGGCAACAACCUGAACUUCUGGCUGCACAAGCUCGUCUUCGUGGAUGCCGUGGCCUUCCUCACGGGGAAGCGCCUCUCCCUGCCAUUGGACCGCUACAUCCUGGUGGAUAUUGAUGACAUCUUCGUGGGCAAGGAGGGCACACGCAUGAAGGUGGAGGACGUGAAGGCCCUGUUUGACACACAGAACGAACUACGCGCACACAUCCCGAACUUCACCUUCAACCUGGGCUACUCAGGGAAAUUCUUCCACACAGGUACCGAUGCUGAGGACGCUGGGGAUGAUCUGCUGCUGUCGUAUGUGAAGGAGUUCUGGUGGUUCCCCCACAUGUGGAGCCACAUGCAGCCCCACCUUUUCCACAACCAGUCCGUGUUGGCCGAGCAGAUGGCCUUGAACAAGAAGUUCGCUGUCGAGCAUGGCAUUCCCACAGACAUGGGGUAUGCAGUGGCGCCCCACCACUCGGGCGUGUACCCCGUGCAUGUGCAGCUGUACGAGGCUUGGAAGCAGGUGUGGAGCAUCCGCGUGACCAGCACAGAGGAGUACCCCCACCUGAAGCCAGCCCGCUACCGCCGUGGCUUCAUCCACAAUGGCAUCAUGGUUCUCCCACGACAGACCUGCGGCCUCUUCACACACACCAUCUUCUACAACGAGUACCCUGGCGGCUCCAGUGAGCUGGACAAGAUCAUCAACGGGGGCGAGCUCUUCCUCACCGUGCUCCUCAAUCCUAUCAGCAUCUUCAUGACGCACCUGUCCAACUAUGGGAAUGAUCGCCUGGGCCUGUACACCUUCAAGCACCUGGUGCGCUUCCUGCACUCCUGGACCAACCUCCGGCUGCAGACACUGCCCCCUGUGCAGUUGGCACAGAAGUACUUCCAGAUCUUCUCCGAGGAGAAGGACCCGCUCUGGCAGGACCCCUGCGAGGACAAACGUCACAAAGACAUCUGGUCCAAGGAGAAGACGUGUGACCGCUUCCCAAAGCUCCUCAUCAUCGGCCCCCAGAAAACAGGCACCACUGCCCUCUACCUGUUCCUGGGCAUGCACCCUGACCUAAGCAGCAACUAUCCCAGCUCUGAGACCUUUGAGGAGAUCCAGUUUUUUAAUGGCCACAACUAUCACAAAGGCAUCGACUGGUACAUGGAGUUCUUCCCCAUCCCUUCCAACACCACCUCCGACUUCUACUUUGAGAAAAGCGCCAACUACUUUGAUUCAGAAGUGGCGCCCCGGCGGGCAGCAGCCCUCUUGCCCAAAGCCAAGGUCCUGACCAUCCUCAUCAACCCCGCGGACCGGGCCUAUUCCUGGUACCAGCACCAGCGAGCCCAUGAUGACCCAGUGGCCCUAAAGUACACCUUCCAUGAGGUGAUUACCGCCGGCUCCGACGCAUCCUCGAAGCUGCGUGCCCUCCAGAACCGCUGCCUGGUCCCUGGCUGGUACGCCACCCACAUCGAGCGCUGGCUCAAUGCCUAUCACGCCAACCAGAUUCUGGUCUUGGAUGGCAAACUGCUUCGCACAGAACCUGCCAAAGUGAUGGACAUGGUGCAGAAGUUCCUUGGGGUGACCAACACCAUUGACUACCACAAAACCUUGGCGUUUGAUCCAAAGAAAGGAUUUUGGUGCCAACUGCUCGAAGGAGGAAAAACCAAGUGUCUGGGCAAAAGCAAGGGCCGGAAAUAUCCCGAGAUGGACUUGGAUUCCCGAGCCUUCCUGAAGGACUAUUACCGGGACCACAACAUCGAGCUCUCCAAGCUGCUGUAUAAGAUGGGCCAGACACUUCCCACUUGGCUACGAGAGGACCUCCAGAACACCAGGUAGCCGUGGCCACCACAGCCAGACUGAACGUUUGUGACAGCUGGGACAUCCCACCACACGCUGAGCCAGACCUGCAGAGUGGGAAGCUGGGCCAGGGCAGCUGCGCACUUAUGAGCAAUACUCUGUGGAGGUCCGGUGGGGCUGGGGGAGCACCCAGGCGGGUCUGCAAGCACCUCGGAGCACCCACCGCUGGGUCUGCGGCCUACGGGACCUCCCUCGCCAGCAGAGGUCCAUUCCGUUCCCAGCCGCUCCUGGGGAGGCCGCUUCCUGGUAGGAGGGAGUCCACGAGACUCUUUUCUGUCCCUCACUGUGUUCCGCCGACUGUCCCCUCUCAUCACCCAUCACUCCCUGCUUCCGCAGGGCGCCCCUCAGUAUUCGCUGCCAUAUGUCCCUGUCCUCCAGGCUGUAGGGGAGGAGAGCCUGGCGCGGGGAGACAGACUGGACAUUUCCCUGUUUCGAGCCAGGCUCUUCCAAGGGGCCAGCUGGGUCCCUGGAGUCAGUCCUAGGCUGGAUGGGAGGGUGGCCACCUCAAGAGGACUCCCAGCCUCCACAUCUGGUUCCUACCUUCACAUCUCACCCUCCCGUUCUGGGGAAGAAUCUCUGGUUCCUACAGUAUCCACUCCAUCCUCAAGGUUUCCCGCAGGGCCUUGGGGCACUGCCUUGCCAUCGGGCCCAGUUCUCCGGGCCCCACCUGCACCCCUUUCUUCCCCCUGGGAUAUGAUGUGUGGUGUUUCCUGUGGUAAAAGACUGAGGCAGGCCAGGGGUCUGCCAGUAACAUGUUCCCAUGUACAGACACGGUCCCCACACCCUCCCGGCCUCAGGCCCAGGCAGACGUGGGCGAGCUGGUGAGACUGCCAGCCACGGCUUUGCUCAGCCACCUGUGGCCGAGGGCUCUCAGAGACCCCCUUAACCUCCCAAAUACUAAGAAGCUAAAAUAUUUUAAUAUUUUGUUUUUUUUUUUCUUGGUGCCAGAGUUUAUACCCUGGGUGCUGGGGUCGCACUGUGUUUUAUAUAUAUAUAUAUAUAUAAUGUGUAUAUAUAUAUAUUCUAUUUUUUUUGGUUGGGUUCGUUUUUAAUUCAGUCCUACAAAAUGGUGGUAAGCCCCAGUCUCAGGGGUCGCCCUGUCUUAGAGCUAGAGAUGAGGUGGCAGGGAGGGAGGCUGUGUCCUCAGUGGCCUGGGGCUGAGCAGACCUUAGGAAGGAGCCCUCCCCAGUGCCGUGGCUGCUCUGGGGCUACCCCAGGUGAACAGAGGUGGUGAGAUGCGCAGGGAAGACCAGCUCUCUCCAGGACAUCGGGCUGCGUGAAGUCCAGUGACCCUGAGGGGAUUUUGGCCAAAGGAAACAGCCAGGGCUGGGCUAGGAGAGCUGGGGUCAAAAGCUGCCCCACCCACUCUCCCUCACAUGGUGCUAGGCUGGGAGCUGCCCUGAGAGCUGGGAUGCCCACCAGGGCCCACAGAACUGUCUCCAGGCCCUUGUAGACAGUGGGAUCUCUGGGCUGAUUUCUGGUUGGGGUCUGCUCCUACCCCACCCCAUUUAACAAUGUGAAGUGACUGAGGCUGGGGUGCCUCUCCCUGGCCCCCUCCAACUGCCAAAUUCUGCUUCCCUCUGAACCCCAGGAAAUACUUUCUGGAGAGCCUUGUCUUGUUCAGAAGACUCUAGCAUCUUGGGGCUGGAAGGUCCUUUGACGGGUAUGAAACAGGUCCAGAAAGGGGAGGUGGCCUGCUUGGCCGACAUCAUGGAGCCAGCUGGGAGCAGGGCUGAGCGUUGAACCCGAGGCUCCCGGUUCCAAGUCCCAUCGUGCUCCUCUUCCAAUGCCACACUGCCUCUGAGCCCAUCCUUGGGACCCUACUCUGUGCCAGGUUCCUGUCCCUUCCUCCGUCACAGCAUGGUCAUUCCAGGAUAUGGGGACAAACCACUCCUUCCCAGCCAGGGUGCCUUUGAGCCUUCUCAUUCCGAGGUCUGCGUUUGCAUCCGUGUCAUGUUCUCCCUCGAGGGGUCCUUCCCCAGCCUGUGGAGGCCUGAGUCUGUUCUGAGCUGAUUCCCUUUUCUCCAGUUCUCUGCUGGGAUGAAGAAAGUUGGACACUCAGUGGGACCAGCUGCAGGUGGUUUCACUGUGUACACAGCAGUGUCCCCAUCAUGCCUCUCAAUGGGGCCUGCAAGCCUGGGAACUUGGGCAUCGUUGGGCCAGCAGGAUGAGCAGCAAAGGGUCUGAGGACAGGGUGGCAUGUCUGCUUGUGUGCUCAUGAAGACAUGCCCAUGCCAUGGAGCCAGGGGCUUCUAGAGAGGGGCAGUGACUUCCAGAGUCCCAUCUGUCAGUGAGGGGACUGGGCUGCGGGAUGGGUGAGGAUCUUACAGCUCCCAGGUUCUGAAAUCUACCCUCUAGGCCUGGAGGCCUCUCUCGCAGAGUGUGGAAGGCAGGAGAGGCGGGCUGGCCUAGGGCAGGAGCUCCACUUCUCUUCUGCCUCUGGCUAUGGGAAGGAGCAGGCGGUUGGAAAUCCUGUGACAGCAGAGAUCUUCUGGAUUUUUGCCUGGACCCUUCUGCAAGCCUGGGGACUGGACCUGCCACAUGUUCCAAGUCCGUCUGCCUAGGUCGCUGCUGCCACUUCUCCUCUCACUAACAGACCUUUCUUGAAGACCCACUAGGUCCAGACACUGCCGGGACUUGCAGGUAUGGGGGGUAGAAGGAGAGGCAGAUAAGCUGCCUGGGGGGCUGUCAGCUAAUGGGUACACGGACACCCCCUCCCGAGAAGAGAAGCCACAGAUGAGUGGGCCAGCGAGGCCAGUCUUCAAUGUCCACCAAUUCACUCUAAGCAUUUGGCCAAAAAAAGGAGAGAGAAAUAACUGAAAUUGUUCAGGUGGCUCCACCGUCUAUUCUGUGGUCCCCUCCAUGAGCCUUUGCCCCAGGGUGGGUGCAGGUGCGAGUGUCACCUGCAGCUGCCUCAGUCAUUCAGGGUUCCAGAGCCUUCUGUGGUGGAGCAUCCUGCUGCUUGGAGGAUGAGUCUGAAGUUUAAAAAAUGGGCCUUUUCUGAGCCCCCCUGAUGAGCAAUCAGUGCUUCUGGGCCCAGCUAAGGAAGCCAUCUGUUCCCAGCAGAGGAGAGCUGCUGCGCUGACCUGCAGAGGUUGGUGGUCCCAGCACAGAGCUCUGCCCAUGGGCUUGUUAGUGGGAAAAGCAAAUACAACAAUGUUUUACCAAACAUUUAAUUGUGAAUGCCCACUCCCCAGCAUCUAGAUCUAAAAUUAUUAACAUUUUGCCACAUUCUUUUUCUUUCUCUGUGUACGUAUAUGUUUUCUCUGUCCUAAUUUAAAAGUACAUUGCAAACUUCAUGAAACUUGAUCCCUGAAAGCUUCAGCCUGCAUCUCCUAAGAGUUAGGGCAUUGUCCUACACAUUGGCCCAGUAUCACAGCCAAGACGAGAAGUCAUUUCCCAACGAUGUCUGCUAUCUAAUCUGUAUUCAAAUCCCCCCAGUUGUCUCCCAGGUAGCUUACGUGUCUGGUUUUGGAAUCAGCAUCCAGUCACGGUGCACACAUUGCAUUUUCUAACUAUGUUUUUAAAACCUCUUUGAAUGCGGAAAGGUCUUCCCUCAGCUCACUUUGAGUUUUUAAAUGACAUUGUUUUUGAGGCCCUAGGCCUGCUAUCUUGUUGAAGCCCCACAUUCUGAAUUUGUCAGAUUGUUUGCUCAUGGUGUCGCAUAACCACUUCUUCUAUCCCCUGUACUUUCAAGGAUAAUUUAGGCUACAUGAGAUUUUGCCUUUUGUGCUGACUUGACAGCUUCACUUCUGCCUAAGAUGCGCCUCCACUGUCACCUGUACCAAGUGCCAAAACAGCAGAGGGGCCAGUUAGAGCAAGAGCUCUGGGGGGGCCGGAAAGUCUCCCUGGAGAAGGCCGUAAUAUCUGGGCCUUGGAAGGAAGGACACAGGGCUCUGGAAGGAGGAGGCUGCAUGCCUGAAGGCUGGGCCUUCGACCCUGGGGAUGGGCCACAGGGCACCAAACACAUCAUAUGUCUCUUUCUAUUUUGGGGUCCCAGGGUUUUCAUUUCCUGGAGGCCCGUGGUCUGUGUGCACUGGAGCAGAGCCAGGCUCUCGGUUGCAGCAGGGAAAAGCCUACAUGGGGAACUGCCUCCCGCAAGCUGUGGUGUGAGAAGAGCCCUGGCUGGCAGCAGGAGCUGUGAAAUUUCAUCCCAGCCGGGUGCAUUUAGUAGCUGCCUGACCAUCUUCCUCCCAGGCCCUCAAUUUCUUCAUCUGUAGAAUGAGCAGAUAGGGGCCACAGCAGGGAUUUUCACACAUCAAAGGAGGCAGCUCUGCUCUAGUUGAUGUGAGGAUGAGGGGGGGCCUAGACCCCCUGCUGCCCAGGCCCUUGAGGCAACACUGGGUUCCUGGCUUGACAGCUCUGGGCUGGCUGCCCUUGCCAGCUCAGACGGCUGGCGAGUUUUCACCUUCCCCAAGGGACGGGCAUAGGGUUUUGUGGGGUCAAUGCCAGGAACCUGGGGGAAACUGGAUGCAUUUUAUCCUAAGAAGUUCAUCCCUCCUGCUCUUCCUGUUUCCGGCCCCGGAGGAGAAUGAGGGAGGAGAGGGUUUUCCAUGACUGUGUUAGCUUUUAUUAUUAGCAAGAGGGCUCCUUUUGUAAUUUGUGCAUGAAAUUCAUGUCAUUUCCUGGGAGAGGAGAGGGCCGGCUGGAGAGGGUGGGGGGCACAUUGGGGAAGCAGGCAGAGGUUUCCUUCCCUUGUAGGGGGGUGGGGAGAGUGGGGAGAGGGGGUGCUACCCAGUUCGCCUGAUGAGGGCUCUCGAACCAGCCGUUUUGGGUUGUGUUAAAGGUGAGACCUUCCUCCAUUAAUGUACAAUCUCGAACUAACUGCUAAUAAAGUGGGGUUCUGUUUGUA